AUGCGUUUCUCAAUUCUGACCAUCACCGCUGCAGCAGCUGCUGCAGUGGGAACACAGGCCAUCAAGACUGCUGAGGUCCCUGGCUACGAACCUGUACCCAAAGCUGCUAUCAACAAGUACGAUCACCAUGUACCCGGGCCUGUCGCUGACUUUGCAACUGGCCCUUUCGAGCCAUCGUACAUGCCCGAAGAAGACUUGAAAUUGCACGCUCGCAGCGUGGCUUCGGCUGUGACAACUGCUCAACCCACUUCUGCCGCUGACGAACCUGCUGACGGCAGCUACGAGGCCUUCGUCGAGUGGAUGGAAUCUCGCAUCGGCCGGGAAGCCACUGAAACCCCCGAGAGCAGCCAUAUUGCCCGCAGCGUGGCUCCUUCGUCAAGCACAAAAGCCCAAGUCCCAGACAGACCGACUGACGACACUUAUGAGGCUUUCAAGCACUGGAUGGAGGCUCUCUAUCCUGGAGAGGUCUCUGAAGAGACCAAGCAGAAGCUUCACGCUCGUGGUACUUCAACACCAGCCGGACAUGCCACGACUUCCACGCAUGUCACUACAGCAACAGCUGGUCCCGCCGACGGUAGUUAUGAGGCAUUCAAGCAUUGGAUGAAGACUCGGUUUCCUCAAGGUUUCUCUCAAGAAGAGGAACAUAAGAUGCUCGCUCGCUCCGCCAAUGAGCAUGAUGACUACCCUUCCGAGGAGUUCCGCGAGCUCAACGCCAGAUCUGCUGAGGAUCAUGUGCAACAGGAGCUCGAGUGGAUUCAAUACUGGCCCAAAGAAGAGGAUGAGCACCUGCAUGCUAGGUCGACUGAUGAUGUUCCAUAUGAUCACGAGUACGAAUCUGAACAUGUCGAAGCUCGUUCCGAAGCAGAGGGCGAUUACUCUUACGAAGGAUCUUUCGAAGAAUUCCUUGCUCGCCAGGGUAUCAACCCCAAAGAGUUUGCCCAGCAAAGCGCCUCUACCGAGUCGCAUGAAGAGGACCCCCAGCCUCAGGCACCAGUCGAAUCAGCUCCUCAAGUCUCAGAAAUUCCCGCCACGCCAGCUGCUGCUCCCACUCCCAAGCCUACUUUUGCAGAAACAUCAUCAGCAAUCACUUCCACCUCUGCAUUGCAGUGGACUGGAGAGACCGCCACAACCUCGUCCGGCUCUGCCACCGCCAAUGCUCAAGCACGCUCUUGGUACGGUAACUGCAUCCUCUGCAACCAGCUCUACCACUACAAGUCGCAAGAGAUUUUUCAACCUUCCCUGGUAGCUAAGUGGUGGGAGUGA